UAAAGGAUGAUGACCCCAGACCAUGGAGUUGAGGAACUUGGGGUGUGCAUCCCAUACACCCCCCCCCCAGAAUCACAGGUCCACGCCUCCAGGUCACAGGCCCUCAGCCAUGGAGAAGAAGGACUAUCGGCAUGGGAGUUUCCAGAGCAGCACCAGCGAUGAGGACAUGGUGGAGGUGGCCGGAGGGACGCUGGACUUCUCCAUGGCCGACGAUGUCCCUCCCCUGGACGGAGGCAUGGCGGAAGAUUUCUCUGCAUACAACGGGAUGAACGGUGCAGGCAAGAUGAUGGACUUCCUGGAAGUGCCCGUCCCCGGUGUGGGGACCUAUGAGGACUUCAACACCAUCGACUGGGUGCGCGAGAAGUCUCGUGACCGGGACAGGCACCGGGAGAUCACCAACAAAAGCAAGGAGUCCGCGUGGGCCCUGCUGCACCGUGUCAGCGAUGCGUUCUCCGGGUGGCUCCUGAUGCUGCUCGUGGGCCUGUGGGCAGGGGCGCUCGCGGGCCUGAUCGACAUCUCGGCCCACUGGAUGACGGACCUGAAGGAGGGGGUGUGCCUGAACGGGUUCUGGUACAACCACGAGCACUGCUGCUGGAACUCCCCGGACACCACCUUCCAGGACAGGGACAAGUGCCCCGAGUGGCGGACCUGGGCCCAGCUCCUGAGCGGCGCGGAAGAAGGGGGAGCAAUGGCCUACGUCCUCAACUACUUCCUCUACGUCCUCUGGGCGCUGAUGUUCUCUCUGCUGGCGGUGCUGCUUGUCCGGGGCUUCGCGCCGUACGCCUGUGGCUCAGGGAUCCCUGAGAUCAAAACCAUCCUGAGCGGCUUCAUCAUUCGAGGCUACCUGGGCAAGUGGACUCUGCUGAUCAAGACUGUCACCCUGGUGCUGGCCGUCUCGUCGGGCCUGAGCCUGGGCAAGGAGGGGCCCCUGGUGCACGUGGCCUGCUGCUGUGGAAACAUCCUGUGCCACCUCUUCACCAAGUACAGGAAGAACGAGGCCAAGCGCCGGGAGGUCUUAUCAGCCGCGGCUGCUGCUGGCGUGUCGGUGGCCUUCGGAGCCCCCAUCGGGGGUGUCCUGUUCAGCCUGGAAGAGGUCAGCUACUACUUCCCGCUGAAGACGCUGUGGCGCUCCUUCUUCGCAGCCCUCGUGGCCGCCUUCACCCUGCGCUCCAUCAACCCCUUUGGGAACAGCCGCCUGGUGCUCUUCUACGUGGAGUUCCACACGCCGUGGCACCUGCUGGAGCUGGUGCCCUUCGUCCUGCUGGGCAUCUUCGGGGGGUGCUGGGGGGCGUUCUUCAUCCGCAGCAACAUCGCCUGGUGCCGCCGGCGCAAGUCCACCCGGCUGGGCAAGUACCCGGUGCUGGAGGUGCUGGUGGUCACGGCCGUCACGGCCGUCCUGGCCUUCCCCAACGAGUACACGCGCAUGAGCACCAGCGAGCUCAUCUCGGAGCUCUUCAACGACUGCAGCCUCCUGGACUCCUCCAAGCUCUGCAACUACCUCAACGGCACCAAGGGCGAGGAGCUGCCCAGCCGGGCUGCGGGCGCCGGCGUGCGCACGGCCAUGUGGCAGCUGGCGCUGGCCCUGCUCCUCAAGGUGUUCGUCACCGUCUUCACCUUCGGCAUGAAGGUGCCCUCAGGGCUCUUCAUCCCCAGCAUGGCCGUCGGGGCCAUCGCGGGCCGCCUGCUGGGGGUCGGCAUGGAGCAGCUGGCCUACCACCACCACACCUGGGCCCUCUUCCGGGGCUGGUGCAGCCCCGGGGCCGACUGCAUCACGCCCGGCCUCUACGCCAUGGUGGGCGCUGCAGCCUGCUUAGGUGGGGUGACACGCAUGACGGUCUCCCUGGUGGUCAUCAUGUUUGAACUGACCGGCGGGCUGGAGUACAUCGUGCCCCUGAUGGCGGCGGCCAUGACCAGCAAGUGGGUGGCAGACGCCAUUGGCCGGGAGGGCAUCUACGACGCCCACAUCCGCCUGAACGGCUACCCGUUCCUGGAGGCCAAGGAGGAGUUCUCCCACAAGACGCUGGCCAUGGACGCCAUGCGGCCGCAGCGCAGCGGCCCCCCCCUGACGGUCCUCACGCAGGACAGCAUGACGGUCGAGGGCGUGGAGGCCAUUGUCAGCGAGACCACCUACAGCGGCUACCCGGUGGUGGUCUCCAGGGAGUCCCAGCGGCUCGUCGGGUUCGUCCUCCGGCGGGACCUCAUCAUCUCCAUCGAAAACGCCCGGAAGAUGCAAGACGGAAUCGUGAGCAGCUCCAUUCUGUACUUCACCGACCACUCCCCGCCGCUGCCUCCCAGCUCCCCGUCCACCCUCAAGCUCCGCAGCAUCCUCGACCUCAGCCCCUUCACUGUGACCGACCAGACCCCCAUGGAGAUCGUGGUCGACAUCUUCCGCAAGCUCGGGCUGCGCCAGUGCCUGGUCACGCACAACGGGAAGCUCCUGGGUAUCAUCACCAAAAAGGACGUGUUAAAGCACAUUGCACAAAUGGCCAACCAGGAUCCCGACUCCAUACUGUUCAACUGAACAGGAAAAGGGGGGGUACUGCCGCUCCCCCGAGGAACUUUCCAGAAUGGACUCAAAGUUUCACUUACUGAGAAUCUGGAGCCGUCUUCAGAGCUUCCGAUUAUGGAGCUAAUGAUAAUCAUGUUUUAUUUUUUCUACAAGAUAAACAUUUGCACUAUAUAAUCUGUGGAAAUUAAUCUUCUUUAGAAGAAAAGACUUUGUUAUAUAAUUCUUUGGAAGUUGCAUUUGGGGGGUAAUUCCGUGAAGAAGUAAAAGCAACAAUAGAACUGAA